UGACAGAUCAAAACAAAGAACAAAGAACAAAAAUUUGGCCGUAAUAUUUUAUUUUAUUUUUUUGAGAGCUUUCACUUUGAAAUUUUUAGAUAUUAAAACAGCACCGACCUUUAUUGUCGUUCGUAAACAAUAAUUUACAAAAAUAAAAGAAAACUACCGCCACAAUGUAUCAACGAGUGUACGACAUAAAUGCAACUUUAGGUUUGAGCAUUGAAAAACAGAACAUAGUCCGUCAACUGAGUGAUAUGUUCUGUGGAUAUUCUCUGGUUUAUAUCCGUGGUAUUUGCGAAGCAUGCUUAUGGAAUAUGGAUUUGUGCAUAGAUAAGCUGAUAGGCGUCAAUGCCGAUAUUAUAGAUCAAGAUUCGAAAACUACUCAACAAUUCAAUUCCAAAGAUCUGAACUACAGUGAGACUCUGCAGAAGACAAAUGGUGCUGUUCCAAAAGCAGUUUCAGGUACAUCGUCGAGUCCAUCUGCAAAAUCACGGUUUCAAGACCUCCCCUCGGUCUAUACGCACAUCUAUAAUGAUAUUGUCAAGGGCUACAAGGUCCUCGUCCUAAUGCGUGGCCAACCAGGAAGUGGGAAGUCUUACUUAUCACAGUCCAUAGUAAAGAAGCUGCUGCCAGGUAAAGAUUAUAAGGAUUUUGUACUAGGCGCCGAUGAUUACUUCCACGAUGCGCGUGGACGGUAUCGCUAUAAUGUCGAACGACUCUCAAACGCUCACGAAUAUUGCCAGACCAGAGCCCGCGAGAAGAUGUCACUCGGCUAUAGCCCGAUUUUCAUUGACAACACCAACAAUGCGAUGUGGGAGAUGAUGCCUUAUGUUAAGGCAGCCGUCGAAAACGGCUACAUGAUCGAAAUCAUGGAACCUACUACCCCAUGGCGUAAUUCUGCGGGCAGAUUGGCUGCGAAGAAUAACCACAACGUCUCAAAGCAGAAAAUCCAACGCAUGUUAGAUAGAUACGAAGUUGCAACAACCAAUGAUUUGCUAGCGCUUUUAAAGGAAACAAAGUACACCGUAGCACUGCCUCAAAUGAGAACUUAUCCGCCACCUCCAGAACCUGAAGAAUCAUUAGGACCAACUCAAAUUUCAGCUCCUGAACCAGAAGCACAACCACCGCCGCCGCCACAAACACCGCCACCGCAAAUGCAAAAAUCCCCAACAAAAACUGUGAACAACGAGUUUAUUCCGCUAACAACUAUAGAAGCUGCAAUCGAAAUUGAAAGGGAGCAAAGUUCAUCUCCCAUGGCCUUUGCGGACCCGAGCAACAUGUGGCCAGGCAUUGAGUCUUUCGAAAAGCUAUUGCCUCCUCCAAGAUCCCCAAGAAAGAGUAAGAAAAACAUCAUCGAGCAAGAGGACGACGAUUACGAACUACAAGUAAACCCACAAGACCAAGAAAGCGAAGUAAACAACACCCCAGUUGUUAGUCCCAAGCCUCUUAAUCCAGAUGCACCAAGUUUCUGGGGAGUGUCGUUCACUUCACCCUCUGCAAACAAGACAUGCGACAAUGACAGUGAAAUGAUCAUGCCCACGCAACUUUUUCCAGCUGUUCCAAAUGUUUGGCAAGCCUACGAGCAGGAAGCUACGAACUUUUGGGGUAUUCCUGUGAGUGCAGCAUCAGCAGCUGCCUCUUUAUCCGAACCAAUGGUCUUGGAUGAGACCACCAGCAGCAGCAGCAACAACGACUGUGGCCUGCUGCAGCUCCUCAAAGAGGGCGUCAAGUCAAUAAACGUGCCUAAUCGAGAGAAGCCAACAAGCGAAAGGGAGGAAUCUGUGAAGCUAGUUCGCCAUCGUGUUGGCUGUGAGAAUGAGAACGAGUCAUUCGUUGCCUUCCGACAAAUCUACCCCAAUAAGCCCAACGCCGAGCUAUGGGAUCUGUUUGUGAAGUGCAAUGGCAGCAUCGAUUGGGCUGUGGACAUUCUAAUCAAAGACGAAGACUCCAUCGCCAACAAGAAUGCUCUUCAAGAUUCUCUGCAGGAUUGCGACAACUUUAACUGUUACUGCGAUCGACCUGAGAUCUCUUCGCCUUCUCCUCUUGCGGCGGCGGCUGCUGUUUCGUCACCACUGCCUGAAGUCAAUGUGAAACCACAGCGGCAAAAACCAGCUCGCAAUCGCAUGGCAACCUCGGCUCAGGUUCUCGAAGUAAAGGAAGCAGUGGAGAAGAGUUUCGUGCUCGGCGAGGAGCACUAUUCUAGUCAUGUGAAGAAAAUUCGCAACAAACGUAACGUCGCCGAAGAAUCAUCGAAUGGCAGAAAGGUAUUCAUAGAUGUUCAAAUACAAACCGAGGACGUGGACGAGAAUGAUAAUAACAGCGAGGAGGAUGGUGGUGAGGGUACAGAAGUGAUAGAAAUAAAUCUUGGCGAGGAUCUGAUUGGUCAGUUGUCGGAGAUUUUCAUUUCGGAAACAUCACUGCUCGGAGCACCUGAGAAGUACAAAACCAACGUAUUCAUGCCGAAGACCCUCGCCCGGGAGUUGUAUGUGUUGUGGAUGGAAUCGGUGUACAAUCAGCAGGAGGAACAGCGCCAAAGUCUGCUCAAGGAAGACGAAGAAUUCGCCCGUCUAUUGAAGAACCCAAAGUAUCAAAACCUUAAGCAGCCACCGGAGAACAUCAAAGAACUCCUCGACAUGGAAUAUGCUUGGAUGAUCUACAAGACUGAACAGGAGCAGUACAAUGGCUUGGCCUCGAAGCACCCGAACGAUUUGGCCUCACAUCUGACGCGAAUGAAAUUGUGUGAGAUAUUUCCUAAUAUCCCGCGAGAUACACUCUUGGACAUCCUUGCCGCCCAUAACAACAAGUUCAGCGACACUGUCGAGGUGCUGAAGAGUUCAAUACAGCCCGCCACAGUCGAUCACCAGCUUUCAGCUGAGGUGCUCAUUGAAAAGGCCCGAAAUGAAAAUGAAAAGCAGCUCAACGAAGAAGCAGACAGGCAGGAGUCGAAGAUCAACACUUCGGCGGGUCAGAGCUUCCAAAAGAUGCAUUCCAAGCAACAGGAAACUUCCGCUCGCCAGAGAUCUCUCUCUCCGGAGGAGGCCAAACGCUUGGCUCUCUCCGAAUUCGAAGAGACCCGCAACUAUGCUGCCCACCAUUGUCAAUUGCGCGCAGAGUGCUAUCAAAAAGCCAAGGAGGCCAUUCAACGAGGGAACAGCGGAGUUGCGGUCUACUAUUCGCAGAUUGCAAAUCUCCACAAGCGGAAAAUCGACAUUUAUAACCAUCGUGCUGCCAACUGCAUCAUGGAAGUCCAUGACCUCACCCAGAACAACCCCGAUUUCAUUGAUCUGCAUUAUCUUCACGUGGUGGAAGCUGUGGCUUGCUUGGACAUAUUCGUGGAUCGCCACAUAGCCAAGCUACGGAGUAUAUUUCGUAGCUUUAAGUACGUGUUCAUAAUAACAGGUCGAGGAUUGCACAGCACCGGUGGGGUCUCGAUGAUCAAGACGAGAGUCAAGAGUAGGCUCAAAGAAAGGAAUUUAAAAUGGAGCGAGGUGAAUCCGGGUUUGCUUAAAGUGAAGAUAUUCUCAGCGUCCAAGUACUCUAAGAAUUUAUGAAGCUUUUUUUAGUGUAGAAAAUAAGACAAAUAGCUUGAAACCGAAAACGAUAUUGAAAUAUUCUUUUUUAUUUUUGUUUGUUCUUGUCUAAGAAGGUAACAGUAGCAGUUUUAUUUUGUAUUGUUCUUAAUAAAUAUACAAAAAUAUUUUAUAA